AUGGAUGCGGAUGAGGUUCGCAACAGCGUGGACUUUGUGCUGCAGUCUCUCUAUGCGGAGAAGCCUGAGAAGUUCGGAGAAGUAAUGUUCUUGCUGUGCACCAUGGAUGAGCACUAUUCGUACCUCGCCAAGCUCACAUCAAUCCCCAAGGCCAUGGAUACAUAUCUUGAGAAGCUGAUUCUCCAGAGCCCUAUGCCAUCGCCUGGGACUGCUGGUAUCCCUUCGAGUGUUGACGAAGCAGAGCUGAUGCUGAACGAUUGUCGUGACAGAUUUGGCACCAAUGUCGUUCGGCUGGAAAAGGCGGGCAUCAUAAGCCGUUCCAUUCUGGACGGCUUAUCAAGGAGCCAUGCAGGCAUGGCAGUGGGCUGCGCAGAGGCUGCCGCACAGUUUGCAGGAAUGACGUCUCAUUCGCUGCAGCGCGCUUUCGUCAUGACUGCAGUCUCCAGAGUUGCAGAAGUUGUGCCGAUGGACCAAGGGAAUGUCUUCCAAGCCAUCUUCAUGAAGCGGCUCGCCAACGCUACAGCCGUGGAGUCUGAAUUGGCUCAGCAGCUUGCAAAGAGGUACGGUGACUUCGGAGCCUGUUGCAAGUGGGCAGGCGCGGCUGGCGCCAUCCUCCAGGUCGGGCUGCUUGGCUACGAGCUCUAUGCAGACAUCCGAAAGUACUGGAAGGGCGAAAUCGACGGCUACCAGUGUGCCGAGAACCUGAGCAGCUCCUUUGCCUCAGCCGCAGCUGCUGCUGGAGGUGGUCUCGCGGCGGUAACACUAUGCGCUGGAGCCGCUCCUUGCGGCUUAAUUUUCGCUUCUUUGGCGGCAGCGUGUGUGGCAUCUGGGCUCACAUCCUUCGCAGUCCGUGCAUGCUUCCAACGCUGCUUCGACAAUGACCGGGACCGAGCAUUGAAAAGGGCCUACGAGGUCUUGGGCAUCACCAGGGGUGCUGCUCCAGAUGUGGUGAGGCAGGCUUAUCUGACCAAGGCCAAGGAGACGCAUCCAGACAAGGGUGGGAAUGAGCAGCUGUUCAUUGAGCUGAAUAGCAGCUACGAGCUGAUAAGGGCGUCGAAAUUUUGA